CUGGCUGUCUCUCCAAGUAAUCUGCACCAGGCCUGGGAAGUCCAGUACCUUCCACUCAGACACGAUGGGCACAAUGGUGCCUGUCCUGCUGUCCCUACUGCUGGUUGUGGGUCCUGCAGUCCCCCAGGACACUCAAGACGGGCCUUAUUCUCUGACCUACCUUUCCAGUGGGAUAUCCGAGCCCAAGGAGGGCUUCCCCAGUUUUCAGGCAACUGGCUACCUCAACGACCAGGCCUUCUUCCACUACGAUAGUGAAAGUGAAAAAGCUGAGCCCCUGGGCCCAUGGAAACAGGUGAAAGGAAUGGAGGACUGGGAGGAACUAAGUAAAUUUCAGAAGGCCAGGGGGGAAUUCUUCCUGAAGACCCUGAAAGAAGUCAUGGGCUACUACAAGGACACAGGGAAUCACACCAUGUCAGAAAAGCUUGGCUGUAAACUUCGGAGUAACAGCUACUGUGGAGCAAUCUGGACAACUGCCUAUGAUGGACGGGACUACAUCAAGUUUGACACAGAAAUCCCAGCCUGGAUCCCCCUGCAACCAGAAGCUCUGAACACCAAGGUGAAGUGGGAGACAGAAGGCUCUGUGCAGCGGACCAAGGCCUACCUGGAAGGAGAGUGCAUCCAGAAGCUGCAAAAGUACCUGCAAUACAGCAGGGCCUUCCUGGACCGUCAAGACCCUCCCUCUGUGUCAGUCACCAGCCACGUGGACCCAGGAAACAUCAGGACCCUCAAGUGCCUGGCCUCCAACUUCUACCCACAACCAAUCAGUCUGUACUGGACUCAGGGAGACAGUGUAGUGGAGACUGAGUCAAGGGGAGAGGGUUCUAUCAGUGAAAAUGGCACUUACCAGUCCUGGGUGGUGGUGAAAAUCCCCUCUUCGGACAAAGGCCCCUACUCCUGCCACGUGCAGCACAGCAGCCUGGCCCAGCCCCUUACUGUCCCGUGGAAUCCUGGGCACUGAGCUGACUCACUGCUACAUUCCUCUCUGAACCCAUUAGCUAUUCGGUGAAAUCUAAUCACACUAAACAACUAGCCUAGAGACAAAAAUAAAUCAGAUUAUUUAUUGCUAAAAUCUGUAAAGAUGUCAGCAGAGAUUAUUAUUCAUCUUGCCCCCAAGCAUUUGAAUCAUCUGAAAUUCUUGGUAUCCAAUGGAAACAAUAUGUGCUGGCCA